ACGAUGGCAAUAGCUUCCUUAACUCUUCCUAUCUUCUUUUCUGCCAUAUUUGUUCACCUCCUUACCCUUUCAAUCGCCCAAAAAGAGCUGCGCUAUUCUUACUGUGAAAACAGAAGGGGUAACUUUUCCGCCGGUAGUCCUUACCAUGACAAUCUUAACCGCGUUCUCUCUUCCCUCUCCUCCGACACGGAAAACGACCAUGGAUUCUACAAUGCAUCCUUCGGUGAAAACCCUGACCAUGUUUUUGCACGGGCGCUUUGUCGAGGAGACGUUGAGCCAGCUACUUGCCGUUCUUGCAUAUCAGACACUAGCAAUCUGCGAGCUAGUGUUUGUCCCAACCAGAAGGAGGCAAUUUUGGGGUAUGACGAGUGUAUGGUAUUUUACACAAAUCGCUCUAUCUUUGGCGUUAUAGAAACUUCGCCUCGUUUGUGGCUGUGGAAUCCAGUCAACGCCUCAGAUCCUGCUAGCUUGAGUGCCACACUGAGGACAUUGUUGGAUACAUCGCGGAUGCAAGCUGCAGCAGGAGACUCUCUUCGAAAGUUUGCAGUAAACGAUGCAGUCGCUUCAGAUUUCACAAGAGUGUUUGUACUCACGGAGUGCACUCCUGAUUUAUCUGAGCAACAGUGCUUGAAUUGUCUGGACCAGAUUAUCGAAGAGCAGCCAGACUGUUGCACUGGAAGGACCGGAGGCAGGGUCAUAGCCCCAAGUUGUAAUUUCAGGUUCGAGAACUAUCGCUUUUACAACAUAACACCGGUGUAAUCGUCUCCACCGUCAAUAGUAUUUUCUGCCUCACCUGGAGGUAUAUAGGCAUGAGGUGGAAUAACACAUUAUAUAGGCAUAACGUAUAGCAAUAAUUGCCUACUAAGGCAUGACAUGUAACACUAUGACAUAGUCCUAUUUUCCAUUUUGAAUA